CGAUUUGUACAGGUCCUAUCCAAUCGACUAUCCUAACCUUAACCACUCGAGGUCGAGCUGCUUCGUAGGCGUGUCCAUAGUAGAAUUCGUAAAUACGCAACCACCAAAGGCAGUAGAGGGGACCUUGGCCUGCCCUGAAACAACUCGAUGGAUCUCAGUGCUGACUCCGGGACACUCCCCUCCCACACAACUGUAGGAGGACCUGUGUUGGAGCAGGAGCUGUCUCUGCCUAACGCUCGAUGUCAAGCAGAAAGUGGAGGCACCAUCUUACUACAGUUGUUGGAAUUUAAAACCCAUCUACUUGAGGCUGUAGAGGAGCUGCAUAUUCGGAGGGAUGCAGAGACACGCUUUGAGGAUCAGAUCAGUAAACUGGCGUUGGAGAAACAGGAGCUGGACUGGGAGAAGGAAUCCCUACAACAUCAAAUUGAAACAGUGGCAAACCAGCACACAGAGUCACUCAUCAGUAUUAAAAAGCAGCUUCAGGCAAAAAUAAGAAAUAUUGAGGAGGAGAAGGGGAAAUACCAGGUCAGUGCUGAGUUAAAGGAUAAGGAGAUUAACAACCUGAAAGAAGAGCUGAAGAUGCUUCAAUUACUGAAGUACAACUUAGAGAAGAAAUCAAGUGAGCUGGAACAGAAAUUAGCCUUGCAGAACCGGUCAAAGGAUAGCCACUUGAACCAGUUGGGGAGGGUGGGACAGAGGUUCUCCCUGUUCUCUAGACAGUAUAGUCUCAAAUCCCAGCAGAAGCUAAAGCUGCUUAAAUCAUUUGAUGAGGCCAUGAAAAUAAAUAAGAAACUGACUACUGAAAAUGAAAAACAAGAAGCAACCAUUGCGUCACUAAAGAAGGAGUUGGAGGAGGUCAGUAACAAGCUGAUCAAGGCCAAGAUGUCAUCAGUUAGACAUGACAAGGCCCAUAGUCCUUCAGGCACAGAGCAGCAUUUUCAGCAGCUGCAACAGAAACUGCACAUGGAAACUGAAAUGAACAAGAAACUCGGGGAUGAAAAUCUAGCUGUGAGAGCAGAAAAGCAGGAAGUGAUGAGGUCUCUGCAGCAUACCCAGCAGCUGUUGUUGAGUCAGACACAGACAGUAAGCAGAGUAGAGCUGGAGCUCCAGACACAAAGAGAACAGUACCAGGCCCUUAAGCAGGAGCAUCACAGGGUGAUGCGAGAGAAAAGCAAGGCAAUGGAAGACAAGGUGGCCCAACUGAUGGAGAACUAUGCUGCUUCCAAGAACAGAUGGGACAAAGAGAAGUCAGUGUUUCUGGAUUGCAUCAAGAGUGAGCAGCAGGACCUUCAAGCAGUGAAAGAAGCUUACAAUGAGCUCUAUCAGGGACACACUGAACUGUCCUCACAGGCCAAAGUUCAGGCUCAGCAUAUAUAUGAAUUGGAGAUGAGAGACAGCGGUCAGAGCCUCAGUGUUUUUACAAAGGUCUUCCCCAAUAUAAUGGAGGAAAUCAGAGAAGAGGAAACUCUUAAUGAACCCAUCUCCAGCUCUGAGCUGCCUGGCUUUGGCAGUCUGCAGCCCUUGGCCUCCAGUCAGACCAAAAACCCAGACUGUCUGGAGGACACCGGAGCUGUGACUAUGCUAGUUGCCACUAGAGCAACUGGAGAAUCAACUGUAUCAAGUCCUGGUUACAGGUCUAUCGAUGGAUCAGUAGACUUACUAAGCCAAGAAAAGAGUGACGAAGGGAAUGGAGAAAUGAGUGAGAAAGAACAGCGAUGGAAAGAUGAUGUGAAACAAGUAAAAAACAACAGAGAAGAUGGGGAAAGAAUUGAGGAUCAGCAGUGGAAUAGAGAAGAAGUCAAAGGAGAAGAUGUGAAGGAAGGAGGAAGUGCUGGAGAAAAGAGAGGAACGCUCAUGGCCCAAACAACAGAUACAGCAGACAGACAAGACUGUAGCCAGGGGUCAACAGAGGAUGCAGGGGACCCCAAACAGUCUGAAACAGAAAAAAAAAAUAGAGCAGAAGGGGAAGGGACAUAUGGAGCAGAGGAGAGAGGAAAGACAGGGCUACACACAGCAGAAACCCAGAUACCAGCCCAGACGACUACUGAUACGACUACCAAGAAGAGCAACACACAGCAGUUCAUUGACUUCAUGGACACUGAGCCACCACUGGCUGCCUGUGAACCCUCAGACUGUUCACUAAGUCUCUUUCAGAAAAUCAGUGAGGAUGCUGACUCCAGCCAUGUGAACAAAGGAUAUGAGAUUAGGAGAGAAGUACAUACCGUUUGCUCUGAUGAGCACCACAGUGUCAAUCUUGGGCCAAACUUUGUCAUUCAAGAUGUGCAACCCCUCUGUCAUGAUGAGGACCAAACCUUUGCUAAGUCAGUUCCUCAGCUGCCAAGUCCAGUUCAUCAAGUUUCCGAGAAGACUAAGGAAGAAAAACAGUCCAACAAAUCAGCAGCCAAUAUACCCACUGAACCUUCUGGACCUCUGAAUCAGUCAAGUAUUUGUAGCUCACAGACCAACAGUGCACCAUUAGCUGCUCAGCCGGAUGGAUCUGACAUUACGAGCGACAUGAAGCAAACAGAUAAAAUGUGUGAUAACGAAGAAUGUGUUUUAGUGAUAACAAUGGUUGAAUCACAAGCAUUACCUCAAAGUCAGGUAACUGAUAAUGAUGAUAAUGGAUAUUCUAGUGCAUAUAAGAAGGAGGAAAGUCAGUCAAAUGUAGACACAUGUGAAAACGAUGCCUGGGAGACUGCCCAGGAACUUAUGGAAAAAUCUAAUUUGAAGGAUGGCUGUGCUGAUAUCACGAUGGAUUCUGUGAACCUUGAAUCUUGGGUUGAGACUGGCAGCUAUCAGGAGCACAUGGAAAAUGACCAAAUAGAAGACGUAGGAGAUGCAAAGACAAUUAAAAGUGAAACAGUUUUGAAGCUGUCUGUCCAUCCAAGUCACGAGAGUAAUGCAUCACCAGAGACUGGCAGCAAAAAAUGCUAUGAGCAGUCUCCAGCAAAAGAAUUGCUGCUUGAUGAUACUUUUGAGUUGUCUCUGCCCAGCAAUAAGACUUGCAGGUCGUCAUUUGACUUGGGUAGUGCUCAGAGAAAAACAAAGUCAAUGUUUCUGGAUUGCACCAAGAGUGAGCAGCAGGACCUUCAAGCCGUGAAAGAGGCUUACAACGAGCUCCAUCAGGGACACACUGAACUGUCCUCACAGGCUAAAGUUCAGGCUCAGCAUAUAUAUGAAUUGGAGGGAUCCCCUAUGUCUGAGCAAAAUAAAAGUGGUUCUGGUGGACUCCUCAGACAUCCUGCCAGCACAAUACCCAUGUUUCUAAAAGGCAAGCACAACAAAGUCCCCUUGGUGAUUAGCAAGGCGUCGGAUCUGUUGAAUGCCUCCAGUGUCUGUGGAACUGCAGCUUCCACAAGGAGACAGCAGGGAGAGUGGAAGGCUCUGGGAGAGACCUUCAGAGAGACAGCAACAGCAGACAUGGAGAGCAGAGCUUCUGUGUCAAUUACUUCUUUUCCUGUCUCCACAUCCAUCACAGUCAGCAGACUGUCAUGGCCAACCACCCCAGGGUGUAGCAGAGGUCCUUCCUCAGCUGUAGGUCCUGGUUCAGAGUCAGAUUGGGAACCCUCUUGCUCCCAGGAGAGGGAAAACCAACAGUCAUCGUUCAGAGCCCAUAUCUCCAAAAUCGAACAGUUCCUCAACACAGAGAGGCUCCGUCUGCCCAAAAGACGAAAAACUGAAAACUAAACCACAAAAUGUACUGUUCUGUUGAGGGAUGCUACUGUACCUAGUUACACUACUAAGUCUACUGUAGCACUUAUUUGGUAAAUUGAGCAGAGCCUUACCUGUGGAAAAUUGUGCAAAGGUGUCUAGUUGUUGGCUUAAAUCACUGCCUGUUCACAUUACUGUUAUGAAAACAUUUCUUCAGUUUUUUUAAUGGAAAACUGCUCUGUUCAUUUGUUGUUUUAUUGACAUGGUGUAUUUGUAGAUAAGCAGGAAAAGAGGGGAUUGAUUAUUCCACAGGAGGUUUAUACAUUAAUCUUGAUAUAUUUUAAAGAUUUUAUUUGAACACAGUUGUGUGUGUAUGAAGCAGUGUUGAAAUGUAUGCAUUGGCAUAUAAACAAGAAUAAAACAUUUGACUUACAUUUGGA